AUGAGUUUAACCGGAAAGAAUCGGAGAAUAAGUUGAAGAUCUGUAGAAAGAGGAAUUCAGAUCUUUCAGUUUUGAUUUUUUCUUUCGAAUUUGUGAUGGGUUGGAGGUACAAGGCAGGAUUGUUCCUUAUUGCAGCUGUUGUAAUCAUCUGGGUCUCCUCUGCGGAAGUCACGCAGGGCAUUUUUACAGACUAUAAACAACCAUUUGCAGUUACAUAUUUAGGAGCCUCUCUUAUGGUAAUUUAUCUCCCAAUAGCAUUCAUCAAGGAUUGUAUAUGUCGUUCAUUGAGAAGCCGCUCCUCAAAAGAUGAUAAAAAGGCAGAAACUGUUGAUAAGUCAUCUGCUGAUGUUGAUUCUCCUACAAAAUUUCAUGAGAUGCAAAUCUUUGAAAUGGAAACCCAAAGAAAAAACAGUGAAGCAGACCUUUCUGUACAGGAAGAGGGAAAACCUUUAGUUUCCAAACACAAAGAAGAUAUGGACAUGCUAAAACAUGACAGAGAGCUUACCACAAAGGAAAUUGCGACAUAUGGAUUUUAUAUUGCGCCUAUCUGGUUUAUAACUGAGUACUUAUCUAAUGCUGCACUCGCACGUACAAGUGUUGCAAGUACAACAGUAUUGUCCUCAACUUCAGGAAUGUUCACCCUUUUUAUUGGAUCAUUUCUUGGAGAAGAAUCUCUAAAUAUAGCGAAAGUAGUUGCUGUCUUUGUUAGCAUGGCCGGAGUUGUGAUGACAACACUGGGAAAGACCUGGGCCACAGAUGAGGCAGAAUUAAGUGCAUCUGCUAGUGGGAAACGAUCUCUUGUAGGAGACCUCUUUGGGCUUCUCUCAGCUAUGACAUAUGGACUGUUUACUGUUCUUCUGAAGAAGUUAGCUGGAGAGGACGGAGAAAGGGUUGAUGUGCAAAAGUUAUUUGGAUAUAUUGGACUGUUCACACUUGUUGCCCUCUGGUGGCUGGUGUGGCCAUUGACUGCUUUGGGAAUUGAACCAAAGUUCACAAUUCCUCACUCCAUUAAAAUGGAAGAAGUUGUACUUGCGAAUGGCUUUGUUGGAAGUGUCCUCUCUGACUACUUCUGGGCUUUAUGUGUUGUUUGGACAACCCCAUUGGUGGCCACCUUAGGCAUGUCUCUAACCAUACCACUUGCCAUGAUAGCUGACAUGAUGAUUCAUGGACGUCACUAUUCAGCAAUUUAUAUUUUAGGCUCCGUUCAGGUGUUUGCUGGGUUUGUGAUUGCUAACCUUUCAAAUUGGUUAUCCCGAAAGUUGGGAUUGUAGCAUUUGUAAAGUUCAGCUCAAAUUUUUUUUUUUUUUUUUUUUUCUAGUGCCAUUUUUUUAUUUACCUUGUUGGUGCAAGGCCAAGUGGUGUGUGAGUAAUAUGAUACUUCCACUUUGGAAUGCUUUUAGUCCAAGCAAGAAAGAGAUGUACUAUUCCAAUGUAUUUGAUUGUGGGAAAGGGAUCAAGAGUCAGGCUUGUGUUUUUUCCUUGGUCCUGUAAACCCCUGGAUUCAGUAAACGUUUUCGGUUCAAAUAGUUUGUGGGGUUGGGUCUACU